AUAAUAAUUAUAUGCAAUCCAGAUAGGAAAUAAUUUGUAGAUUAUUACAAAACUAAUUAGUUGCUUUCAAAAUCAAAUAGUUUGAAAUUACUAACUGAAGCAUUGUGAGCACUACUUUGGCAACGGCAACACUACAGCUGCUUAUUAAGUUGCCUACACUUGGCGCCACUCUGAGAUUGUAAGUUGUAAAAAUAUCUACGAUAAAACGGCUUUUAUAAAAUUUCGUUGUAUAAGAUCUAAAUCUUAGAAUAUACGUUAAUAAUAAACAGUCUCGCCUAUGUCUCGCCUUUUACAUUCCCUGGCUCUCAUCCCAUCUGAAGCAAAGAAUACAUAUCUCUCACUGUCUGAAGUUGGUACAUAUACAUUCAACAUUCACCAUUCACCCCAAAUAGAAGAACAGAAGACAGAAGAAGACAAAACCAAAACAAAAAUAAUAACAGACAAUAAUUGUUAUGAAACAAGGAGUAAAUUAAAUUAUGAUUUAUUCUUUAUUUUUAUUUAUAUUAUAAUUAAUACUUGCCAUUAUCAAUCAGAUUUCAACAAGUAUUAAAUAAUGAUUUCUACAAUUCAAGCUAAUUUAAAUAUAAGCAACCAUUUAUCCAAGAUCCAGAGGACAGAUAUUAGGACUUCAGACUUUCCAUUUAUUUGCCGGCUAUGUGCAACAAAGAAUAAUAACUUAGAAUUUUUUGAAGAACCACUGCAGCUUAUCUUUAUAAAUUUAACAAAUUAUCAGUUUGACCAAAAUGACCAUUUACCAAAAAAUAUCUGUCCUAAUUGCAAGAGUAAAUUAUAUGAAAUUAAUUUAUAUAUUGAAAGUAUUAAAACAGUCUACAAUUUGCUACAACAUGCUUUAUCAUUCAAAGCUGUUGACGAGAAUAUAGAUACUUUAUCAAAUAACCAUGAUUCAAGUGAUACUGACAUAAAGGAAGACACAGAUGAAGCUAUUUGUGACACCAUCAUAGAAAAGAAAAAUUCUCCCCUUACAUUUGAGCUGGAGAAUUCCACUACAUGUCAGUAUUGCAAUAAAUCAUUCAUAUCUUCAGAUGACCUCUCCAAACAUGUGCAAGAAAACAAAAGUUGUAAAUCAAAGAGAUUAUUUUGUUCAAUAUGUGGAAAGAACUUUAAUUUUCAAUAUAAAAGAAAAGCUCAUAUAAUGGCUGAACACUUGGGUGAGCUACCAUUCCAAUGCAAAGUGUGUGGGAAGAAAUUCAAAUUCUACCAGAAUCUUACCAGGCAUGAUAGAUCUGCUCAUAAAGGACUGACACCAUAUAAAUGUGAAAUUUGUGGUAAAGGAUUUUCAAGACUUGAAAGAAUGAAACACCAUGCAAAAGUACACUCCUUCGAAAAACCAGACAAUCCUGUAUAUUUCUCCUGUAGGCGUUGUGGAAAAGCCUUUACAAGUCGUUUAGAAUAUCGGUCCCAUUUAAAGGAACACAAGACUGGUACGGAAAAUUUAAAUUAUAGAUGUACAAUUUGUGAUAAGAUGUUCUCUUCCAAGUAUGUGCUGCAGAGCCAUAUGGCAAUCCAUGAUGGAAAAAAGGAGUUUUUGUGUACAAUUUGCGGUAAAAACUUCCUGAAAAAGAGCUACUUGGAUACACAUUUGAAGAUCCACUCAGGGGAGAAACCAUAUGAAUGCAAGCAGUGUGGCAAAAAGUUUCGGCAAGCAACACCAUACAGCAACCACUUAGUGAUCCAUACAGGGGAACGUUUAUAUAAAUGCCAGCAUUGCGACAAAAGUUUUAAGCAGAAACCACAUCUUACAAGACAUGAAAUGCUUCAUACCGGAGAAAAACCAUAUAAAUGUUCAUAUUGUAAUAGAAGUUUUUCACAGAGCGGCAAUUUGAAGUCACAUAUAAGAACCCAUACAGGAGAGACACCGUAUCAUUGUACGAUUUGUUCAAGGGGAUUUUAUAUACUAGGAAGCAUGAAAAAACAUAUGAAAGCGUCACAUAAAAUAUUGUAAAAUUAGUAACUACCCUAAUGUUGUUAUGCGUGUGCUCUUGAUAUUUAGCCUAAUAAAAUAAAAAGACUCAAAAUGUAAUUCCCUACAGGUUGGAAUAAAUUUUAUAUCAAAAUUUAGGUGAAUACAAAAGAUAUUUUUAAGAAAGUAUCCAAAUCAUAUGAGGGGAUCAUUGUUUAAAUAAUUAAAUAGGGGUCAUUUUUGUAAAGUAUUUAUUUUUUAACUGCUGAGGUAAUUUACAUUUUAAUGAAGAUCUUUAGGAUUUUUGUCUGCAAAUAUGAAGAAUAAUUCUUUUACCUAAGACUUACUAAAUUAAAUUUGACCCCCCAUUUAUUUAAAUAAUUAUAUAUAAAAUUAAAAAAUCAAAUUUGCAAAAAAAUAUUAUUUGCGUUUUCAAUAAGCACUAUAAAUUAUUUUAUUUAAUAGGAGAAGUUGCGCUAUAUUAAGCAAAAAAUAAUUGGUUAAAAAAUAUUUAAUAAUUUAUGAGAUAUAUAAUUUGUUUAUUAAAUGUUACUAUAUUUUCAAUUGCAAAAACGCGGUUGUUACCAAAAGAAUAUAAAUCUGUGUAAAAUCUCAUUACUUUUAUUUUUAUGCAUGUUUUCGACAAAUGUAUUGAUAAAUUUAAAUUUCAAUUUAACUCCCCUCUAAAAUGGCAUUUGAAAAUUGUUCUAAUUUGUUUAAAUUUCUUUUUUUAAUAACGUCGCGGGAUUAAACAUUUUGAAAUGCUAUUCCGAUAAUCGUAUUUCUGAGAAUUUUUCACAAAUUAACAAACUUUUUUGUCGUUUUUUUUUCUUCUUUUUUUUCCUUAUAGUAACAGAUAUAGUUUUGCUUAUAGAGGGGGUUUCAUUAAGAAUAUCCAAUCUCUGAGUUCUAGAUUCUAGACCUCAAAAUAUUAAAGGCUGUAUGACACUAUGCAUUUUCUUGUAUCAUUUCUAAUAUCGUUUCUGAUAUCGUUUCUUGUAUACAUUUUCUUGUAUCAUUUCUUGUACGUACAUUUGUGUCAUGUAUGACACUAUGCAAGUUCUUGUAUCGAAAAUUGUAUGAAAUUCGGCACGUGAUUGGUCGAAAUUUUGUUUGUCACCCUGUGUCACGUUAUGGUAGUACUGCAUCUACAGCUACAGCUGAUUUUAUAAAAUUUAUAAACAUUUUAAUUUUAAUGUUAACCAGAAUUUUACGUUGACUGUUUGAGGUUGAUUAUUUGUGUUUUUAUUUUGUUUUGAUAUUUGUGCUAAAAUAUUUGCAUUAGAAUUAUCUUCAGUUUGAUCCAAAUUAGGAACUAUUGUAUUUUCGUCUAUUAAAAAAUUAUGCACCAUGAAACCUAAAUUUAUAGUUUGAACUUUACAGGAGCUAAAUAUAUGGUUAUUAGUGGAACAGUAGUCCAUACCAUGAUACUAUAAAUAACACUUACUUGAUACUAUAAAUAACUUUAUUUAUAGUAUCACGGUCCAUACCAAACGGUAUAUUAAGUACCAAUAAACGAUUUAUAAAUAAUAGAGAGUUAUCAAGCAACUCUAUGAGAAUACGGUAACGUUAUAAAUAACAUGUAAAGUAUACAGUAAAAUAGCGUUACCGUAUUCUUCUAGGGUUACUUGAUAACUCUCUAAUACCUACAAAAACACAAAUAAAUUCAUCAAUACAUUAUCUCAUUUUCAUUUCAGCCGCCAUUAUGAGUAAUGACAUUUUAGAUGUUUUACCAGCAGGUUUUACGUUUUUGCUCUUUGCGCAGAAAUUGGCGCAGUUCUUGUACAAGAAUCUGUGUCUGACUCAAAUUCUUGUAUCGUUUCUGAUAUCGUUUCUUGUAUCUGUGUAUAACACUAUGCAUUUUUUUGACAUAUCAGAAACGAUAUUAGAAAUGAUACAAGAAAAUGUAUAGUGUCAUACAGCCUUAAGAUUGGACCAAAAUCACUUAAUUAAAAUAUGGCUCCUUAUUGAGUUACUGGGUGUUUUAUUUAAAAAUAAAAAAAAAAUAUUUUUGCUCAGUAUUUUAAAACUAUUUGACUUAUCCUUUUCAUUCUUAGAAGAAAGUUUAAGUACUAUACAUCCUAUGAAAUUAUGUUAAAUACAAGUUUCCGGCUAUUACCAGAGACGUACGACAGGGGACAGUAAAUGGUUGACGCUUCCCAAAUUCUACGUCACUGCACUGGUGAAAUUGCCAUUUUAGCACAAUUUUUAGAUUCUCCUCUAUUUAUAUAACAUCCUCCUCACUCGUAACGAUAAAGUCAUUAGUUUUCGAGAUAUUUGAAGUUAAACAUGUAACGGCACAGUUAUUUAGUUCUUUUGAUUAAUGUAUUGUGCCGCUUAAUUUUUAGUUUCAAAUAUCUCGAAAACUAAUGACUACCUCGUUAAGAAUGAAUAAUAUACUCUUCAGUCUUAACGAUAAAAAUAUUAGCUUUCGAGAUAUUUGAAAUUAAAAAUUAAGCGAAACAAAACAUUAAUCAAAAUAACUGUACCGUCACAUGUUUAACUUCAAAUAUCUCGAAAACUAAUGACUUUAUCGUUACGAGGUGAAGUGUAUUUUAUUUACAUAAAGAGUAUUGGAGAGUCUAAAAAUUGCGCUAAAUUGCCUUCUUGUAUAAAAUAAAUAAUUGUUUAUGAAUUACUUCUUUAUAUACAUGGUGUUAAUCUCAUAGGGAUUUCGAAAUAAAAAUGGUCAUAACUUUUUAAACACUCUGUAUAGUAAUACGAAACUUGAUAUUAUAAAAACAAGAAUUAUGAGAGGAAUAUAAAUAUGAAAAAAUUUAUAGGGUGUCCCAUUUAAAAAAUUAUAUGUUUGAUAUAACGCAUAUAGUUACUGAUCACCCUGUAGAAUGUAAAAUAUUUUCCAAGUAUGGGGAAUAUCAUUGUCUACAUUUUUUUCUAAAUAACUUUUUUUGAUAUUCUAUACCAUAAUGGAAUUAUCGACCGAUCCCGCACUGAAAACUCACCCUGUAUAUCAUACUAGUGACGUUAUACAUAUACAUCUUCAAAGCCUAUGUAGCAUUCCAUUGAACUCAACAGUAAAUUACUUUUAUCGCCAACCGUCACUAAAGGCAUUCAUUAUUGUAUUCAUUUGCCCUCAUUUGCGGCAGUAAAGUAACACUUUAUUGUACUGAAAGAAGAAUUUUACUUUACCUGCCGCGAUUAAUCAAAUUAACCCAGAUUGAAUGUAAGUGGUCGAUGGCAGUAAUUGAAUGGCGAGAAUUUGAGUGAACUUAAAAUUUAUUUACUGUAAUUAUUAACAAUAUUGGACACAAUUUACGUUAUUAUCAAUUAAAUUCAUGUCAAAAAGUGAAAUUAUGUAGUAUUUUGUAAAUAUAUUCAUAUAAAAUAAAUCAAAACUUUACCGAUUUAGUAAUUAUUCAAUAUUGAUAACUAUCGAUUAAAAAUCGAAAGCGUCCAUCAUGCAAAAGUGAUCUGUCAUCACUGUCAUGAAAUUAUUAUGACGUCUAAAAUUUAAAAAGUUAUUAAAUUGUGAAUUGCAAGUAAGUGUUAAAACCAAUAUCAAAUUAUUGUAGAAAGUGAAAUUGUAGAUAAAACAUAUUUUGGCAUUAUCCAAGCUGUCAAGUUUUCAGUACUUCAUUUUCCAGUUUUUCAUUCAGGGAUUAUUAAAAUUAAAGAUGAUUAAUUUUAUGAAAUAAUGAAGAUAAUCAAAUUAAAAAAAUUGUGUAGUGUUAUAAUGAGAUUUUAAAGAAGUUAAAUAAACGACAGAUUUUUAUUCAA